CGCUGGCUUAUCACUUGCUAGGUCUUUUGGACGUGGCAAUUUCCUUUCAACAUCACAUCAGACAUGGCAUCUAUACUACAGGCGACCUUCGUGUGUGUUUUCCUCGCUGUAUUUGCACCACAUUUCAGUCUAGCUGAAAGCUGCAUUGGUGCAAGUUUUAAUAGCAAAACAUACACAACCACAGAUGGGGCUCUUUCGACAGAGACUGUGUUUCUGGUAGAAUUUCAGCUGUCCUGCAAGAAUAAAAUCUCGAAUAUUUUCUUGAAUGCAGAGGUGGAUGGAAAGCAGAUCCCAGUGUCACGGUCAGGAGAUAACAAGUAUCAGGUGAGCUGGACAGCGGAACACAAGAAGGCACCAUCUGGUACUUACAGUGUUUGCAUCUAUGAUGAAGAAGGUUUUAGUGCACUCAGAAAGGCUCUGAGGACAGGAGAAGAAUCUAAAGUGAAACCUUUGAUCACCGUUCCUGUGGAUCAUCCAGGCGUAUCCAAAGGACCAUGGGUCAGCACAGAGAUCAUUGCUACAGGAAUUGCUGGCCUUGUAUGGUACGCAGCAUUUGCAACAAAAAAGAGCAUCCAGUCAUAACACCUUUCUUAUUCUCUUUUACAAGUUCAUCAUGUUCCUUUGACUUAUUUGCCCAAUCUAGAUCAAAUAGCCCAUAGAACUACCAGUAGCAAACAUUAAGAGUAUCUGUAACAGUGUUACAACAUGUUGGGUUACCAAAUACCGGUAGCUAAUUUUGUGUUUAAUCAAAUGCAAUGCACGUAUAUGUCUUUCCUUAGUGCCUCGUUAUAAAAUAGUUCACAUUAGCCUGUGUCAAAUAGUUGUAUGUUAUUUGUCAGAAUGCAAAUUGUAUAAAAAACCUGUUGUUGGGUAGGACAAGGCAUAAUGUUUGUCCAACCUAGCAACAAUUUAAUGGUAUGUAAUAUGCAUUCUAUUUAGAUGCAAUGAUAUAUAAUAGGUUAGGUAAUAGCUUGUCACUGGGUAAACAUAUUUUGGAUGAAAUGAGGGGGGGGGGGGGGCCUCAUAAGUGCCCUGAAAUUAUGUUUUCUUUACUUCUGUGCAGAUAUCUGCCAUAAUUUUUCCUUCAGCCCAAAAUUAGUUCAGAAAAUCACUAUUGAGGAUAGACCUAGACCAUAUAUGUGUCAGAAUUUAAAAUUUAGAGAAUUCAAAUUAGAAAUUAUAUGGAGUAGGCUACAUGUAUUACAGUCAUGUUUUCUUUGCAUAAUGGUGUAUGUCAUAAUAGAAUAAAUUUUGACCCAAUACAUAUCCUGCACUUUUCUUGUUUAUACUGAAUCUGAUUCUCACAAAUUUCCAGUUAUUAAAUAGCAACAUUGAAACAAUGA